UAGCACGAGCUACAUCCAUCCGCCACUAGUCUUUGACCAUCGACUCAGGUUACGGGACUUAUCGCAUCCUCUGUACCCUGCCUGUAUUGCAAGCGACCGAAGCUCAAUCUCCCAAUCGCGUACGCGUACCUCGUCGAAGGCCUAUCACUCGCCCACCUUGCGGAAGCUAUAGUGCUGAGCCGUAUAUCAAUACUGGUUACAAAGAGUCUGAUAGAGAGCUACAUCUGAACGCGUCAUUAAGUCGCCGCGCGACUCACUGCAUACAUCUGUCUACACAUCUGUUGCACUCGCGCAAUCAUGACUGAAUACGCGCCUCCAUAUCAGCAGAACCAUCACGGUCAUGCUCCCUCACACAUGCAAAGCUACCCCUCCGCACAACAGAACCCUGUACCGGGGAGCGCCUCCAUAACAUCACCGACCCAACAAGGGCAAAUGCAUCAGCCCUUCAACCAGACAUCGCCUAUACUCCCCUCACAGGGACACAACUAUUCACAAGGAGGGCAUCAAAAUCCACAGAGUCACCAGGUACACCAACCAAUGGCAUACCAAUAUGGCGUACACUCAGCCAUUUAUAAUCAUAACAUGUCGCCCACCCAAGCUCAACAGAUGGCGACCGCAGCAGCAGCAGGGCCACAGUAUUAUCCCAUGGGCGAUCAAUCGAUACAAGGUCAAAUGAGCCAAGAUCCCCGCGCAUCGCCACGCAUUGGAGUAAAUAAGGAUUCUCGUGGCCCUCCUCGAUCGCCUACACAAGGCUCCGGUCCCAUGGGCCAGCCCGGUAUACAGUCGCAGGUUCAGAUGCCUCCACAGCGUCGCGUAAGUACACAGUUGACCAGCCCUGCUGUGCAGCAGCCUCCACAAGCAGUCAUGGGACAUGGAGCUCGUCCGGCUGUCCCGGCGCCGAUGCCUCAGCAACAGCCCCAGCAGCCUCAGCAAUCACCCGAAAUGGUAUCGGGGGGCGCGGAAGAGUCCCCUCUCUACGUGAAUGCCAAACAAUUCCAUCGUAUUCUUAAACGACGCAUGGCAAGACAGAAACUCGAGGACCAACUCAGACUGACGUCGAAGGGUCGGAAACCUUACCUUCACGAGUCCCGGCAUAAUCACGCCAUGCGACGACCCCGUGGCCCUGGCGGGCGCUUCUUGACAGCUGAUGAAGUGGCGGCUAUGGAAGCGAACGGCACACUGCCUACCGAUGAUGGGCCCGACAACAAGGAGAACACACCAGCAAAGCGAUCGAAGCCACAGCAGGGUUCAGCCAAGAGGAAAGCUGACGGAGAAGCGAAAGGCACUCUCGCGAAGAAAUCGAAAAAGGCCAGCGAGAGUGCAGAGGAAGAGGAGGAAGACGAGGACGAAGAUGACGAUUGAUCUGAUCGUACAGGUUUUGGAACCUCGUCGUCUUGAAGUCUACUCCUUGUCUGCAUCAUAUUUACACCAUAAUGAGGUCACGAAGCGCAACUUGCUACAUGCUUUGUUCUACGUCGUCCGGCGAUCAGAAUGUAUC